CCAAGCAUGUGGUAUCAAAUUAACCAGCAUGACUUUGUGAAUGUUUUAGGCCAUCGAAUUUGGGCUCCGGGCUAAUUUGGGCCCUAGGCGAAUAUAGGUCCCGGGCGAAAUUGUGCCCAGCCAGGCCAAGCCCGGUGAUAUCCUGCUAGUAAUACAUAAAAUGUCACUUUAACCUACGAGUGACGUAAUAACUUAUGGUGGUAUUCAUACGAAGAAAAUCACGUGAUAUUAAUUAUUAUACACGGUGUAUUUAGAGUAAAGUGAAGCGUCAUUCAUCCGAAGAGAAGGUUACUGAACACAAAACAACUUAGUAAGGCUUACAUGGGUUAAUCACGUGAUAUUAUACACUACAUGUAUAUUUAUUGUAUAUAAAAUAGGUCAGCCAAUGUGCUGUGUCACUCAGCGCAUUAGUCAUUCAGCCACAAAUCGAUCAUAUAACGUAGCUGCCUGGAGUUUGAAAGUACAUUAAUUGUUCUGAGAUGCAUUUAUGGACGUCGUUGUGAUUAUAAAACUAAGGGAGGAUGGCGUGUAAAUACACAUCAUGUACAAUCUGUUUGGAUGAUUUCACCAAACCUAAGUUCCUGCCUUGUCAUCACACUUUCUGUCAAAAAUGUAUCGAUGAUUAUAUCAGGGUGCAUGCUCAUUCCAACACGUUUAACUGCCCUAUUUGUCGACGACAAACCACAGUUCCAAAGGACGGCGCCAGUCAGUUUGUCAGCAACUUUUAUCUAGAAGACGACGAAGAUGAUACGCUGUAUUGUACAAGACACAAGAAGAAUAAAAUAGAAGUUUAUUGUCGAGAUUGUCGUGAAUCGUGUUGUUUGUUUUGUGCUAUGAUGCUCCAUCAAAAUCAUACGAAAGCUGAUUUCGACUACGUGGAUAGGGAUAUAAGGGAAAAAUUCUCGAAACUGAAAACAGAAUCCAAAAAGAAGAUAAAACAGUUACAAGAACAUUCUCGCUUUCUAAAAACCAGGAUAUCUGAUUUAGAAAACUCGUGUAAGGCAGCUUGUGAUAAUGUUGAUAAACAAAUAGAUACUAUUUGUAAAAAAGUCAGGAAGAUGGGAGGAACAAUUAAAGAUGACAUCAAUAAAAUUGGCGAAGAUGAAAACAGUAAACUCACCAAACUAGUAGAAGAUGUUGACAAGAUGACAUUAGAAUUGAAGAAAUGGUGUGAAUAUUCUGAUCGUAUAUUGCAACAUAGACCUAUAAUUACAGCUGUAGAUAAAGACGAAUUAGUAGAUAUUCAGACAAAAACUGAUUACAACAUAUUCGCACAUUUAACUAAACCUGACGUGAUUUAUCCAUAUUAUCCAAUGAUGGAAGUUGAUGAAGACAGUUUAAAAAAACUACUGGGUGAAAUGCAAAUAACAUUUACUAGCAGUUUUAGUAUGAACGAUAUAUUGCACAAUGACAGGGGCUACUAUAGUGUGGGUGUAAUAAUACAAGGGUUGGUAUGGUGUGUAAGUGUUGGUAUCGACUCUUACGGAAACCAUGAAUAUCCAUUAUUUACCAAUCUGGGAAUGAAUACAGUCGAAGAUAAAACUAUUUCAGGUGUUAAAGCCCGGUAUACAGUAAAAGUGUUAAAUAUCAAUGAUGAGAAUAAAUCACUAGUUAAACACGGUACACAAACAUUUAUACCGGGUUGUUGUAUAGGUGCUGCAGGUAUAAACGCGAAAGAAAUUGGUGAUUUUACUGACAAUAAUCAUGUAUUUACUAUUCACGUUGCCGUAUAUAUUACUGAUGUAUAUAAAUACAUAUAUACUAAGCAGCAAAAGCAACGCCAGUUUGUUAUGUUAUACUGAAUGGGCGCAUUCCAUAAGUUGCCAAAUGUUUUUAUUGUAUAUUUGUGACCACAUCUCUAACUUUACCUGAGCAAUAAGACUACUUCCAAAACACAGAAUUGAACCCAGGAAAUGUUCUCACAAACGCAAUCCGACUUCUGAGAUGGCAGCAUGCCACGACUCACGAAAGCUCAGAGGAACCGGGCGCUUGGAAGAUUCGACGUUGGCCACACUGCCCAAGCCGUUGCCAAUCACUUCCAGGUCAAUGUUCGGACCAUCUACGAGCUUCAGCAACGCUUUCAGGCCACCAACACCACGGAUGAUCGCCCCGAACUGGUAGACAAAGGGUUACCACAAAGCGACGAGACCGCCAUGUUGCGCGAUAGCACGUGUAGAAUCCCUGCAUCUGUAACAGCACGUCAGACAGUGGGAGUAUACGGAAGACCCAUCAGUACCGAUACAUUGCGCCGACGUCUCACCAGAUAGAACAUCCAUUGCCGUAGACCUUAACGUGGACCGAUCCUCACCAUCGACGUGAAGGUCUACAGUUUGCCCAACAACACCAGAACUGGCAACACAGGCAAUGGAGAACUGUUCUGUUCACAGAUGAGAGUCGGUAUUGCGUAUCAACUGCAGAUGGCAGGACCAGAAUAUGGCGUCGACGUGGCCAGCAUUAUUAUGACCAAUGUGUCAUGGAACGAGACUCAUGGGGAGGUCCAAGCAUAACGAUUUGGGGUGGAAUCGGCUUGAACCAGAGAGUGGGUCCUGUGGUGUUCCAAAAUCUUGGUCCAGGAAGAGGCGGCGGCAUCACAGCAGUGCGCUACAUCAAUCAAGCUCUCAGACCCCACGUCAUACCACAUUCCGCACGUCAUCGACACAACGCCUGUGCCCACACCGCCAGAGUUACUCGGGGCUUUCGACAGCAGAACGGUGUCAACGUUAUGCACUGACCAGCCCUUAGUCCGUACUUAAACCCAAUUGAACAUCUUUGGGAUGAAAUUCAGAGGAACUUAAUAAUGUCGUACCGAGACCAAACACAGCCGAUGGAUUGUGUCGGGCUUUUCGGAGAGUGUGGUUCCAGGUGCCAAUGGUGUUCAUCAAUCGUAUGGUACACUCCAUGUACAGACGCUGCGCUGCUGUUACUGACACUCGCGGUGGACACACCAGAUACUGAUGUAUAGACUGUGUACAGACUCUUAAACCUUCUCUUAAUGUCUUGGAAUGGUGAUGAAUCCAUCAAUAAUGUGUUAACAUAAUCUUCACCAAAAAUUACUUUAAUCCAUUUAGUAAGUCGAUUUUUAGAAUGAUUUGAUUGAAGUGCCCCUCUGACGUUGAAAUCGUACUGACGUUUUUUGUUUUGUUUUUUGGGGUUUUUUGGGGUUUUUUUUUUUUGCUGUUUAGUAUGUGUGCGUUAAAUAUUGUUUGAUUAGAAACAUGGCGUGAGUAUACAUCAGUGGUUCUCAACCUUUUUUCGCCAACGGCCCACCUUGGAACAAAUGAAAAAAUAGCGGCACACCUGGCAAAAUAUAUAUGAAAAAUAUUUGAAUUUUGCAAAAUAAAAACAUGGUAAGUCAGACGGAAUACACCAGUGAAUACUCAAUUGGGAUCUAACUAUAAACUAUAAACAUCCGAGGCGAGAGUCGCCGUUAAGCAAGUCGCCGAUUUUUUCGGCGACUUUUUCGUCGCGUGGCUUAACGGCGACUCUCGUGAUGUGAAAGUCGCGGGUCGCCGUUGUAUCUAGAAACCCGCCGAUCUAAAUGGACGCUUUCAGCCACCAUAUAUAAUAGUGAGUUGACAACAUAUUAAGCAAAAGGCAUAAAAAUAAUUAUGUUUUGACUUUCUUAGAAAAUAUGAAAUUGUAACAGAUUCUAUUUCGUUUCGUUUUUCAUAGUUCAAAAUUUCGUUUUAUUUGUCUGUACUACAGUAGGAUCUGGAAGAGUUGUUAUAUAACAUGCCUGUCAUUGAGUCAACUGGCGUGGUUUCGAAUCCCCGGUUGUACGUGACAAAGAGUAGGGUCGCAUCCAACCUCGUGGGUUUUCUACGGGUCCUCCGGUUUCCUCCCACUGCUAAAGAACCUACGCGCAAACGAAUUAUUGAAAUAAAAUGAAACCAUAUGUUUGUCCCGAAAUGACCAAAUUUGUGUUGAGUGGACGUUAAACCCCAUUUCUCUCUCUCUCUCUGUUAUAAACAUGCGUUCUGGAUGGCGUGAGGUAUUAGCCAAUGAAACCAUCUGUUACGGCGACUUCUUGGCGUGCCAUGCGCGGAACUGUGGGUAACCCACUAGAAACGUCAUAGGGUCAAAAGCCGCUCGUACGACACCUGAUGCAACCUUUCAGUAAAACUGGUCAGAUCUGCAUGUAGUGUAGGCCAUCGAAUGCAUAAAAAAAAAAAACGAAACGAAAUACAGGAAUAUUUUAAUCAAAUUUUAUUAUGCUUAUCUACCUAGAUAAUAUCUUGUAAUAAAGUGCUGGCGCGUAUUGAAUCGCGAAACGCUGCUGAAUAGCGAUUCUUUUUUUUAUGAAUACGAAUCGCAUCGUAGCACCUGAAUCACAAUACAUAUCGUAUCGUGACUGCAUUGGUAAUACCCAGCACUAUUGCAAUCCAUUAUUAUAAUACUUAGUUUUAUUAACCUAACAUAUUUCCCCCAAGGACGUUAUUGGGAAUUUGUUGUAUUAUAAUUCAUUUUGAAGAGAUAUAUUCGUAAACCCCAGUUUAAAGAGAAUUAUUUGUUAUUAUAGUUAUGAUUUAUUUUGAAGAGAUUCGUAAACACUAGUAAAUUAUGUAAUACUGAUAAAUCUCAAUUAAACUAUCUUUUGAAGUUUCCUAUACGUCUAGUUUUUUUUUAUAUUCCUUAGGCUCAAAACCAAACGAAAUUAAAAUACUGCGAAUUUUUUAAUUUAAAUUUGAGCCAAGUAUCUUCACGAGUAACACGAUACACGUUUGUUACCUAAAAGUCUGACCAUCAGAAUUCUUCAAAAACUUCCCCAAAGUCCAGGAAAUGGCAAAUCAGGUCCUCGAGAUUCAAAAGUGCGCUGGCCACUCGUAUUAGGAGCCUGUGCAUCAGUCU